AUCUUUUUUAUGUCACAGCUGGGAUGGCCUUUUACGUAGCUCUCCUGGUUGGCAUGCUGACAUGUUGGCAGCGGUGCGCGGAGCUGAGAUAGCCAGUGUGUCUGCUCAGGGGCAGCGAUGAAAAGGUGCAGUUUGGAGAGAGGACAACAGGACUAACACCAACUAAACCGAAACACCGUGUGAUGAGGGACGCUACAACAAAAGCUAUGGCUGGACCCAGGCCUGUGGUGCUUAGCGGCCCAUCGGGGGCAGGAAAGAGCACUCUGCUGAAGAAACUCAUGAAAGAAUACGACAGCGUGUUUGGCUUCAGCGUCUCCCAUACAACAAGAAACCCUCGACCUGGAGAAGAGAACGGGAAAGAUUACCAUUACGUCACACGGGAAGUGAUGCAGGCAGGGAUCGACAAUGGCGAAUUCAUCGAGAACGCAGUGUUUUCAGGGAACAUGUACGGGACAAGUAAAGCCGCUGUGCAAGACGUCCAGGCCAAGAACCUCAUUUGUAUACUUGACAUUGACAUGCAGGGUGUGAGGAACAUCAAAAAGACAGACCUCAGUCCUAUCUACAUCUCCAUCCAACCACCAUCCAUGGCAGUCCUGGAGAAACGUUUAAGAGACAGGAAAACUGAGUCCGAGGAGAGUCUCCAGAAGCGUUUACAUGCAGCUAAAGUAGAUAUGGAGUAUAGUAAAGAACCUGGUAUAUUUGAUGUCAUAAUCAUCAAUGAAGAUUUGGAGGAUGCCUAUGGGAAGUUAAAAGAUACUCUUAUUGAGGAAAUUACUAAAGUCAAGAAAGUCAGCAUGUCUUCGUAGGGGACGAGCAUCGGAACACCUUUUUAGUCCCGUCCAGCCACUCCUCAAAAAAAAACGCAGACCUCCAUUCCAGUCGUCAACAUUCCCUCAAAUGGCGGUCUGUGAAGCUCAGACAACAUCCCUCAGCGGAUACAUAGAUGCGUAGCUUUUACACAGUAUUUAGAAGUAGUUAUCAAAUGGUAACAUAUUGUAACGUGGAACAUUUUCUUUUUUUACUGACCGAGAGCGCUUUCCAGAUUCUUACUUUCAUUUGUAUGAAGAAAAAAAAAAGAUACUCCAAUAAUGCUUACUUGAUAUAUGACAGGCAUGGUAUACAUGACUUUGGACAGGGUCACUGAACAUGGAUAUACUGCUUGCAGCCUCAUCCUUUCAUCAUCUUGGACUAACAAAAGAGUAACAUAACUCAUUCCAACAUGUGGGUAAACUGGUCUGUCAAGGGUAUGAAUAAGCACAUCUCUAGAUUCAUUGGUAACUGAUAGUGAGUUAUGCUACUCUUAUCUCUAGAGGGUUUUUUUAGUGUGUAGUCAAGACUGGGUGGAAACGAGUUUGAGAGUCAGUCCGAAAUAUUCAGCCCCUGCAUUCGUUUACUUCAGGCAGGAAAUACAGCUCUAACUUCAGCUAGGGCUGGGCGAUAUGGACAAAAUCAAAUAUCCCGAUAUUUUAGAUCAAAUACCUCUAUCGAUAUUGCAACAGUAUUGUAGAGAUGACUGUCAAUGCUUUCACAAAAUGUUUACACCAUGAAAUCUUUGAUAAUCAUCAGUAAUGUGGAUAUAAUGAAAAAGUGGGUAAAAAGUAAAUAACAGAACAGCUCGAACAAUCUAGUAAAUUCAGAAAAUUACAUAUUUUACUGUAAUACAGCAUUUAAAACCAGGAAAAGACAACUCUGAUGACAUAUUGCAAUAUUACAAUAACCAAAAUCUAAGACGAUAUCUUGUCUCAUAUCACAAUAUCGAUAUCAUUUCAAUAUAUUGCCCAGCCCUAACUUCAGCAUUAAGACUGAUUUCUGGAACAUGGCGGCUGUCAACUUUACUGUUGAAACAAAAAAACUAUUCCAGUGCUGGUUAAGGUUUUUUUUUUCUUUUUUUUUUUAAUAGACUCCCAUUUAAGUUUGCUGUAGAACAAUAAAUACUGCUGUGCUCUAUAAGGAUUGAAUCCCAUGACAUAUAGGUAAUGUCCCUUGAAACAAAAAAAACUGUGUUAUGUGGAAUGUCCUUUAGGAUAUGACUUUUUAUUUUUUUGUGGAGUUGUGACAGAACAAUUUACCUGUUUUAUUUUAUAUUGUGUAAUAGUAUCAUUAGGCAGCCUCACCUCCACAGCAAAAUGGUAUUCAGUGGACAUGCUUUUUAACUUUGAAGAUAUUGCUUAGAAUCAAGCACACUAUAAAUCUCCUUUUUACUGUAAAACUGAGAACAUAUUUAUAUCCUGUUAUCCUGUCACCUUCCCAGUUGAUAACAACUGUAAUUUGGUACCUUUUAUUUCUUUAUACGAUCAAUUCAAUUUCAUGGGAUAUUAAAAAUUCACAGAUUUUGUGACACCCAUUCCUUUGUUCAUAUGAUUUUGUAUUCCUGUCAUAUUGUACAGUAAUAGUGCAAAUGUUACAUCAUACUCAAAGAGAUGCAUGCAGUCCUCUACUUUGCCAUUUAACACUUAACCAGCUCUUAAAAAUGUGCUACUUGUGUUAUUAUGUAUUUCUUAAAUCCAUUAAACAGCCAGCAUUGACAUAUGUUGCUUGUUGAAACUUCAAUAAAUGUUACAAUAUUUAAAGAAAAGUACUGUUUGUAUUUGUGUUUAGAUAUGAA